AUGGACGCCAUUCACAUUGGUGUGUCCGGCGCACCCCUGGUCAAGCGCACUGCCAGCGCCGGCCUGAAGACCAGCAGGCCCCGGGUCAUGUCCAAGAGUGGACACAGCAAUGUGCGGAUCGACAAGGUGGAUGGCAUCUACCUACUCUACCUUCAGGACUUGUGGACCACUGUCAUCGACAUGAAGUGGCGGUACAAGCUGACCCUGUUUGCGGCCACGUUCGUGAUGACCUGGUUCCUUUUCGGAGUCAUCUACUAUGCCAUCGCGUUCAUCCACGGCGACUUAGAGCCCAACAAGCGGGUUUCAAACCACACCCCCUGCAUCAUGAAGGUGGACUCCCUCACGGGGGCGUUCCUCUUUUCCUUGGAGUCCCAGACCACCAUUGGCUACGGAGUCCGCUCCAUCACCGAGGAAUGCCCUCAUGCCAUCUUCCUGCUGGUGGCCCAGUUGGUCAUCACCACCUUGAUCGAGAUCUUCAUCACAGGCACCUUUCUGGCUAAAAUCGCCAGGCCCAAGAAGCGGGCGGAGACCAUCAAGUUCAGCCACUGUGCGGUCAUCACCAAGCAGAAUGGGAAGCUGUGCCUGGUGAUCCAGGUGGCCAACAUGAGGAAGAGUCUCCUGAUCCAGUGCCAGCUCUCCGGCAAGCUCCUGCAGACUCACGUCACCAAGGAGGGGGAGCGGAUCCUCCUGAACCAAGCCACGGUCAAGUUCCACGUGGACUCCUCCUCCGAGAGCCCAUUCCUCAUCUUGCCCAUGACGUUCUACCACGUGCUGGAUGAGACGAGCCCCCUGAGGGACCUCACCCCCCAAAACCUAAAGGAGAAGGAGUUUGAGCUGGUGGUGCUCCUCAACGCCACCGUGGAGUCCACCAGCGCCGUCUGCCAGAGCCGCACCUCCUACACACCUGAGGAGAUCCACUGGGGCUUCGAGUUCGUGCCUGUGGUUUCUCUCUCCAAAAAUGGAAAGUACGUGGCUGACUUCAGUCAGUUUGAGCAGAUCCGGAAGAGCCCCGAUUGCACCUUUUACUGUGCGGACGCUGAGAAGCAGAAGCUGGAGGAGAAGUACAGACAGGAGGACCAGCGGGAGAGAGAACUGAGAACACUCUUGCUGCAGCAGAGCAACGUGUGA